AUGGAUAAUUCAAUUUUUAAAACCCCAAAAAUUCUAUUGACGAGAUUGCCUACUCCGGUUCCGGCCGGGGAGGCGGAGGUCGGCGGGUGCAAACCCAACGACGGAGACGUUGUGCAGGAGAUUUCGGGCGAGAAGCCCAUGGAGGGAGUGGCCCGAUCAUCUGUGGCCACAGAAGUCGAUAGCGACUCGAGUGGAAGUGUCUCUUCCGUCCGGAGUAGGAGGCUCUGGAGAAGACACUCCCGCUCCAUCGACAGUUGCUCGCUCAACUUUACGAGCGACACCGACGAGCCGGCGCCUAAAACGCAAGCCACCGACGGCCGAGGGAGAGGACGUCCUCCCUCCGUCGGAAAAUAUGUCGGCCUCAGACAGGCGCAGCGCGAGCGUGACAGGCUCAAGCGCGAGGAAAUACGGACGAAGACCAGCCCGUCACAAAAAGAGGACCUGGAGAAGUGCGGGCAUAUAGUGCGCGCCAUUGUUCGCAAAUCGGGCAACCUCAAGGGGACGUCCCAAAAAGCGCUGAACUGGGUGACUAGCAAAAUCACCCGGUACAUCACACAGCCAGAAUCUGAGGUUGUUGCCCGUUUGGAGGAUGAAGUGAAAAAGUCGCGUGAACACAGCGCCCGCCUCGAGUCGAGCAUGAAGCUGAUUCAAGAGGAGAAUGCAGCCCUCCGCCGCCGGCUCGAGGAACUCGAAGCGUCCGCGAGCAAAACUUCCGCGGAAGACAUGUGGGCUAUGGUUGAGGCAAGGGUCCAGGCCAGACUAGAGUCGGCUCUGAUGGGACCAGCCCAGAGGCCCGCCCUGGCCCACGAAACAAGGGCGUCAACUGGGGAUACACAACUACCCGUAUCCGGAGGAAUUGUAGGAGGCCCUCCCCAGCCCAAGACCAAGAGGGAGAAAGGAAAAGGGAAGGGGAAGAAAACAGUCCCCGCUUCCCCAAUCCCCACCCCAGUAGCAGGACCCUCCAGCGCCCCGCCACAAGCAGUCGCAGGUCCUUCUGCGGCCAAGGCGACUGAAGCGGAGUCAAGGACAAAGAAGAGCCGGGAUAAUGGCAAGAAGGAGGCGACAGCGCCAGGGAAAGAAGACAGCGCCCAACCACAAACCCCCUCCAAAGGUCAAGGGGAAAAAGCCGCCCCCACAAGCGCAACCUGCACCGGAGCCCCGCCCUCUACCGCCGGCCCCCGCAUCGAUGGAGACGCCUUGCCUUCUCCGGUUUCGUCCGGAGAGGCGGUGGUCGAAGGGUGCAAGCCCAACGACGAUGAUGUACCGAAGGAGAUAACGGGCGCGAUGCCCAUGGAGGUGGCAGCCGAAUUCGCGCGGCCUUUGAGCCUGGACACGGACUCGAGCGAGAGUGGCUCUACCGUGAGGAGCAAAAAGCUCUGGAGAAGGAAGUCGCAAACAAGAAGCAGCUUUUCGCAGCUCAGUUUGACCAGCGACACCGAUGAACCGGCGCCGAAGACGCAGGCGAUCGACGGCAGAAUGAGAGGACGCCCGCCCUCAGUGGGCAAGUACGUCGGCCUCAAGAAAGCCCAGUUGGAGCGUGACAGGCUACAACGAGAAGCGGCGCGGAAAGACGCAGAGAAGGAGCUGGAGGACCAGCUGCAAUUUAUCAAGUCGCCGGUCCCCCCCAGAAUAUCAGACACCGAAGAGGACCGUCCAGUACUGAAGGAAGACCUCCGUAAGUGCACCCAGGUUGUUCGCAAUGUCGUGAGGAAGUCAGGCAACCUAAAAGGCACUUCCCAGAAGGCGCUUAACUGGGUCACGGACAAGAUCGUGAAGUACGUGGAACAGCCUGAGUCCGCUGUCAUUGCGCGCCUCGAGGAGGAAAUAAAGAAGUGGCAGGAACACAGUGCCCGUCUUGAAGCCAACAUGAAGGCCAUGAAGGAGGAGAAUGCCACCCUAAAACGACGCCUCGAAGACCUGGAGGCGUCCGCAAACAAGUCAUCGACGGAGGAGAUGCUGGCGAUGGUGGAAGCGAGGGUCCAAGCCAGGCUGGAGUCGGCCCUGAUGGGGCCAGCCCAAAGGAGGGGCGCCGAACCCAAAAACCGGCCCAAAGGCAAGGGAAAAAGGAAAGAGAAGGGAGCAGCCCAACCCGCUCCCGCUCCCGCCCCCCUCCCUGCUCCAGUCGCUGGGCCCUCCAGUGCGCCGCCACAACCCGUCGCGGGUCCCUCCACGGCCCCGGCGACUACGACGGCAUCGACGGCAAAGAAGACCCAGGACCGAAGGAGAGAGACGCCGAAACAAAAGCCCCAAAAGGGCAAGAAGAACGGACCGCCUCCAGCCCAACCCGCUCCAGAGCCCCGCGUGCUGCCGCCAGCCCCGGCUAACGUGGACACGCCGUGGGUCGAGGUGGUCAGAAGAAAGAAGAAGGGGAAGCCGGCAGCAGCGCCAACAAACAGCACGCAGCCGCCGAAACCGACGCGCCGGAAGGAGCCAAAACUGCGGCCGCCACGUUCUGCGGCCGUAGUCAUCUCUCUCACACCAGCAGCAAUUGCGAAGGGCCUGACCUACAAGAGCGUCCUGACGGACGCCCAAAAUAAGGUAGACCUCACCGGCCUUGAAAUAAGCAAGAUGAGGCCAAAGUUUGCGGCCACGGGCGCCCCAAUGUACGAGGUGCCCGGGGCGAAUUCUGAAGAGAGGGCCGACUCCCUCGCCGCAAGGCUGAGGGAGUGUUUCGCGGGGUCGGAAGAUAUCAAAAUCUCCCGGCCCACGAAGACCGUGGAACUGCGGCUAAGUGAGCU